AUGGCCCAAUUCGAUCCCUCCACGAUCGGAGAAGCUCAAUGUUGUGCCGCAUCUUUUGAACAACAGUCUCGGUCAUCUAACUGGAGUUCCUCGUCCACAUGCCCGCGCUCUCAAGACCAGGCAUCCAGCACCACUCCUUCUACGACAUCAAAAGAAGCGGGGGAUGCUUCCACCUCGGCCAGUAAACCUGCAAUGCAGGAAGAACAACAAUUGCGCCGGUCUGCACUAUCAAACGCCUUGCAUUGUUAUUCUUGCGGGGAACAUGGCCAUAGACAGAAGGCAUGUCCUCACUCAACACGCCGCGGUUUGGUAAUUGAUGAUGUAGUCGAAGUGGAAGACGUGUACGAUUGGCAGGAGGAUGACGACCAACCACAAGAGGCUACAGACCACCUUACAGCGAGAGAUAGUGGUCGCCUACUGGUUCUACAUCGCUCUUGUCUUACACCAUUUCGACAAGACGACAAGUGGUUACAGACAUAUAUUUUUCGGUCUACUUGUACCAUUAAAGACCAUAUCUACAGCUUUAUAAUCGAUUAUGGAAGUUUACGCAAUGUCAUCUCGGAGGAAGCAAUACGUAAGCUUGGCAUUCCUAAGGAAUCCCAUCCCUCACCAUACGCAUUGGGAUGGUUAUCGGAGGGAGUAAACGUACGCAUCAUGCAUCGAGCUUUGGUUUCUUUCUCGGUUGGACCAAUUUACAAGGACCGUAUGUAUUGCGAUGUGGCGCCAAUGGACAUAAGUCACCUUAUACUUGGAAGACCAUGGGAGUAUGAUCGCAAAAUCUUGCAUGGUGGAGCUAAGAAUACCUACAACUAUACGUGGACUUCACAACAAAUUGUACUUCUCCCGUCUCGUGAACCAUCUACACCACCUUCGCUUUCUCCUCCGACAACCAGUCAAAGUCCACCACUCCUCAACCACGAUCCACCACGAUGCUUUGUUCUUACUCAACAUUUCUCUCGGAGUUGGAAACAGAAAGACACGCAUUCGCCAUAG